GAUGCGCGCGCAUAUAUUCAUCGCCGCUUCGUCCGACCUCCAGUCAAUUCCUAGAGCGCUUACUGUAACGAUCGAACUAAUUCGAGUGGAACAUUGUAAUCGGUCGAACACAUAGCUUUGCGCGCGAUCACCGUCGCGCUUUAGAGGAUUUAUUAAGGUCAAACCUAACAAAACAAACAUGGCGGAUCCCGCCCAUGGAAAAAUAGAAGAUAACCCAAAAAUAUUGUCCGGCCCAGUAUUGACAAAUUCUCCCAAUGCCGUUCUCUCGAAGACCCUGCUUGGACGCUACAAUGACCUGCCUGUGCCCCCAGACCACGUCCUAGCGACGUACAUCUGGAUCGACGGAACCGGAGAACAUCUCAGAUGCAAAGACCGCACUCUCAAAUACAUACCGAAAUCACCAAAAGAUCUGCCAGUAUGGAACUUCGACGGCAGCUCCACUGGCCAAGCUGACGGGCACAACUCUGACACGUGGCUAGUCCCGCGAGCCAUCUACAAGGACCCAUUCCGCCGCGGAAACCACAUUCUAGUCAUGUGCGAUACGUUCAAAUACAACAUGGAGCCGACAGCUACAAAUCAUCGUCUAAAAUGCCAGGAAGCUGCCGAUAAAUGCAAAGACGAGGAACCCUGGUUCGGUAUUGAGCAGGAGUACAUACUUCUGGACGCAGAUCUGCGACCGUUCGGAUGGCCACCAGGCGGCUUCCCUCCUCCACAGGGACCGUACUACUGCGGUGUCGGCGCCAAUAAGGUGUUCGCUAGGGAUCUCGUUGAAGCUCACUACAGGUGUUGUCUGUACGCCGGCGUUCCUAUUGCCGGCACCAAUGCCGAAGUCAUGCCUUCGCAAUGGGAGUUCCAAGUCGGGCCUUCGGUCGGUGUGACAGCCGGCGAUGACCUGUGGAUCGCCCGCUACAUCUUGCACAGACUCGCCGAGGAGUACGGAGUGAUCGUGACCUUCGACCCGAAGCCAGUCCAGGACUGGAACGGAUCCGGAGCUCACACCAACUUCUCAACGAAGAAGAUGAGGGAAGACAACGGCAUCAUUGAGAUCGAGAAGGCCAUCGACAAGUUGUCCAAGGUGCACAUGAAGCACAUCAAGGUGUACGACCCUCGCGGGGGCAAGGACAACGAGAGGAGACUCACCGGGCUCCAUGAGACUGCCAGUAUUAAUGAUUUCAGUGCGGGCGUUGCGAACCGUGGCAGCAGUAUCAGGAUCCCGCGCACCGUGGCGGAGGAGAAGAAGGGCUACCUGGAGGAUCGCCGGCCCGCCUCCAACUGCGACCCCUACUCCGUCAUCGAUGCACUCAUGCGCACCUGCAUUCUCAACGAAUAACAGAGCGAAACCAACGCAGCGCCUACGCCACGUGUCAGCUAACAUACACUGAAACCACAACACUCUCCCACACACCAACUCCAUGUGCCUAAAGGAUGCGACUUCCAAUCACAAAACUUCCGAAGACUACUAUUUUAGCACAAAUAAAUUAUAACCCAUAUUAACCUUUUCUUCUCUACAAUUUGUCAUUGGAAGUCACACCCAACAGUUAGAUUAAGCUACUCCAGAACAAGCACGCACCCGUCUGUUUUUAUUUCUUUUUCUUUAUUAUAGAAAAUUAUACACAAAUAUUAAUUACAUGUGUAAGUUUUAUAAGUGACUUGUAAGAUUUAUACCAACCAAUGUAUAAAUGGCCUACUUACAAUCAUUUUGUAAUAAUGGCAUAUGAAUAGCACCUCGUAUGCAGACACGUGAUAAAGCUAGUGCGAUACAAUGGACCACAUAAGAUAUUAUAAUAAUAUAAAUAAUUUUUACGAAUAUUAUGUGAUAUUUAAAAAUAAUUGUUAAUUUUGAUGUUGAAUAGUUUGUUUAUACAAUUAUAUAGUCACAUAUCAUUAUUUUUAACAAUUUCAUUUAACAAUAGGUAAAUAAAUUAAUUAUCAUGGUCAUAAGCAAGGACGAGGCGCUUGUAAAGAAAUUGAGAACUGUUGAGUGUCGGAGAUAAAAUAACUAACGCUGUGGUAGGAGUACAAUAUUUUUCAACAUACAAAUGUAUAUCAUUGUUGAAAACUAAUAACAAAUAGCCUGAUUAACUGAUAAUACAAAGUUUAGACACACUUUACCAUAUUUGAUUAGUUAUGUAAUAUGCGUCUAUGGUACGUUAUGAUACUAUAGUGUAGUGCCUCCUAGUACCUACUGCAAAGUCAUCGCCUUUUAAAUAAUUUAAAUUAAAUUAACUAAGUAUCUAGUAAUAUUAAAAAAUGGUUAGAUAUUUUACGCACUUCACAUUUAGGUCACCUAAGAACUAGUAAGGCACAUGAUGAACUGCCUCAAAAUAUAUUUACAAAAAUCUAUUUACCUACUUCGUUAGCAUUUUAAGUACUUUGCGUAUGAAGGCAAAUUAUUAUUUAAAGUUGUAUAAGAACAUGUUAUGUAUAAAAUCUAGAGAUGUUAUAAAAUUAAAGUGUAAUUUUAUUCAAUA